AUGUCUCCGCUAUCCCAUAAUCAUGCUCUCGUCCCUCUCACAUCAGACCUUGGCGAACAGUUGGCAACGUUCCAACAUCCCUCCUCUGUUUCUGCUCCUGUUGAGAUCACUAAUGUCAUUCCAAUUGCAUCUUACUCCUGCGUUAUGUCGAACGAUGCUCUCAAAAUGAUUGUACCUGAGGCUGUAUUGUGGGCUUUUGCCUCGCCUCUCGCUCUUUUCAUUGCGGUCGAUACCAUCCAUGGUGCAAGCUUCAAGUACGACAUAAUAGAUAUUAUCACAGAACGGAACACCCUGCGAAAGCUCCUGCGUUGGGUGACGAACUCUGAUCCCGACCCCUUUCGCAUCGACAUUCAGCGUACUGGAAAUGCAUGCAUACUCACCAAGGUCAAAACCGCCGACCAUUCCAGACAACAUCCUGGGUACGGUCUCGGAUUCGAGGAAGCUACUACUCGCCCCGCUGUUGGGUGCGAAAAGGCUGCUGCCCAUCACAGGAUUAUUUCCUACAGCUUGGGUGGACUCAACGUACUACUUCGAUUCGAAGUCGAUGCAUGCCUUGACACCAAAUGCGACACUUCUCCUACACGCGCCGACGGUUCCACGACGAGCGAUAUCCACGGUCUAUCCGUCGAGGUUCAGUCAUCUCUGGAGCUUGUACCUCAGUCAUCCCUCAUUGAGAUCAAAACCCGCUCUCUUAAGAAUAAGAUCCGUUGGGACGAGACCUUUCGCCAGCUUUAUCUCUCUCAGACAGAGUGGUUAUAUGUUGGAAAACACAAAAACGGUAUUUUUAAUGACGUGACCAAGGAAAGGCUCAAAGAAGAGGCAUCCGUCAACAUGAAGCGUCGAAAACAAGCUGCGGAAACAAACGAGAUGGCCAAGCUGAAAGUUCUUUUGGACGGUAUUUUGAGGGAAGUGAGGAAAGUAGACGAGGGCGUACCGUUGACUCUGCUGAGGGAAGGGACGACGCUUAUGUUGUAUAGGAAGCAGGGACAUGGCGAGACGAUUCCCGAAAAGAUUCUGCGUAGAUUUAGGAAUUGA